GUUCAAAACAUUUAAAUGGCUUCAUUCAUCAUACGAUUCGUUUCCUUAACUUUUAUUACUAAUGAUUCAUCCCGCUUCAAAAUCCAUAUGUUAGGAGAGGCGAAGCACGUAUGAAUGGCCAACUAAUAUUGAUUACAAAACGUACUAGAAAACAUGAAUUAUUUUUAUUAAAGCACCUUAAUAUUUAACGUGUAAAAAGCUGAAAAUGUGUAGAUUUGUACAAUGAUCUUUGUUUACCGUUCCCGCGAAAUUCCGUUCCAACAGCAGCGUAUUAAUGAAAUUGGCGAAAAUACCCUCCAAAACAAAAGCUAUGACCAUGCAGAUUGCAGGUUGAAUCCAAUAUCUCAUCGUCCAACAGCUAAAGCUAUUGCUAUCUUUUUCAAUGGCACGUGAAUAUCAUAUACCAAAAUUACCCCUGUCUGCUUCUUUCCAGGAGGCACAAACAAAACACGCAUAUAUAUAAUGGACCUCUCAUCUUCUUCCCACUCACUCGCCCUCUCUCAAAUCUCAGCAGAAGUUAUUUUGGCAAUUACUUAUCAGUUUGAAGCUCACACACACAUAUGUAAUGUAACAAUACUAGUCCCUAAUCAGAAGACGAUGCAGAGAGAAAUCACAAUCUCCGGCCAACAGAACACCGCCGCCUCCACCGCACCAUGGGCUUUCACCGAGGAAUACGAUUUCGCCACGUCGCUGUCGAUUUUCCCGCCAAAUCACUCGCCUGUUGUGGAUAAUUACCUAAACGACGUCGGCUCCUCCGUAUCCCCUUCCGAGGGUUACUGGUCCCAAAUCCAGCAGAAGCAUCAGGACCUGAUGAGCCGCUACCAGACGAUUCUCUCCCACCUCCGAGACGUGGCCAGGCUGGCGCAGGACCUCCGCCAGAAGAACGUCAAUCUCAGAAUGGCAAACCUUGAUUUGAACAACCGCUUGAAUUUGUUGCUCAAUGCGACGCCGUAUGGUGGUCUGGACCUAGGGUCGGUGGAGGAGGAAGGGACGAGCGAGAAGAGCCCCACCAGCGUGAUGGAUUCGGGCCGGGUCGGUCUUCCCAAGAGCAUCUCGGUCCGCUCCAGUGGGUAUCUGAAGGGGGUACGAAAAAAAGAGGGAGAAUGCUCUACAGCUGCCAACAGAGACAAGAUUGAUAAUAGGAAUAAUAAUGGGACGCAAAAGGUUUAUGUGAAAGGAGACAACAAUAACAACAAGAAGAUGAAGGAGCAAGGGUUGGAGGUGGAUGUGUACAACCAGGGCAUGCUCAAAACCGAACUCUGCAACAAGUGGCAGCAAACGGGGACCUGCCCCUACGGGCAAAAUUGUCAAUUCGCACACGGCAUAGAGGAGCUCCGCCCAGUCCUCCGCCACCCGCGCUACAAAACCGAGGUCUGCCGCAUGGUGCUUGGCGGCGUCCCCUGCCCUUACGGCCACCGCUGCCAUUUCCGACACGCGCUCACCGACGAGGAACAUCUUGCUCGGUCCUCGUGGGCCCCACAAGCCUCCUGACCUGCAUGUGUAUAAACUAUCUUGGGAGAUUCCUUUUUUCAUGCAUGGCUGUGUUUUUUUCUUUUUUUUU